GCGGCGCGGUUCAGACGGCCAGGUGUACUGCUCCAGACAUGUGCCGGUGCACCCGGAGGAAUACAAGGGCGACUCGCAGGAUUUCAUCGAGCUGCUGGCGCGGCUGCAGAACAGCCGGCUGGACGACCAGCGCUGCGUGCUGCCCGCCUACUUCAACGCCUCGCCGUCGAAGGAAGAGCCGCCCAAGCCGCCGCCGGACAAGAAGUGUCCCUCGGAGAUGCUGCAGCGCGCGCUGCGACACGCGCCGCCGUACCCGCUGGUGCUGACCCAGCCGAGCGGCCAGUACUGGGUGGACGGCACUGAGCACGACACGGCCGUGGACGCGCACGGCCAGCCCCUGCUGCCGGAGCACAGCUGGAAGCCCAAGAUCGAGUGCGAUGAGACGGCCAAGUGUUACCGGCGUCACUUCCUUGGCAAGGACCACAUCAACUGGUACGGGAGGACGAGCUGCUGGGCCCCGUGGUGCUGUCCAUCAAGCCGGAGCAGAUGUCGUCCCAGGAGCACAUGCGCCUGAUCCUGCGGCUGCGCAGCGGCACCUGUCACGAGCUGGUGCCCACCUCCUGCCUGGGCCACGCGCCCACGCCGGCCAGCAUGGCC